GUUCACAUCCUCCAGAUAUGGAUUCUCUCGCCAUUCUUGCUUUGGCCAUCAUCCUCUGCCUCUCCUACUUCACCAUCACCAAAACUCUCCGCCGCAGCCAAUCCGACAACCAACCGCGAUACCCACCAGAGCCCACCUCCCGAUGGCCAGUCAUCGGCCAUCUCCCAGUCCUCGCCGGACCGGAGCUUCCCCACAGAGCACUCGCGGCGUUAGCAGACAAAUACGGCGCCGUAUUCUCCCUCCGCCUGGGAAUCAACCGCGUCCUGGUAGUCAGCAGCUCGGAAAUCGCCAAGGAGCUCUUCACGACCAAUGACACGGCCGUGAUCUCCCGCCCGGCAGUAACUGCCUCCAAGCUCUUCUCCUACAACUUCGCCAUGUUCGGGUUGGGCCCGUACGGAGAUUACUGGCGGGAAAUGAGGAAAAUAACGAUGAUCGAGCUUCUCUCAUCCCGCCGCAUGGAGCUUCUCCGUCGAUUCAGAGAAUCCGAAGUCCGGAAGUCGAUUAACCAUCUGUUUAAAGUAAUUGGGGAUAAUCCUGAGAUCGAUCUGAAGAAAUGGAUUGGCGAUUUGAGCCUUAACCUAAUGUUGCGAAUCAUAGCAGGGAAGAGCUCCUCUGCUUCCGACGGCGCCGUUCCCCUGAAGUUCAAGACCGCCGUGAGAGAGCUUUUCCACUACAUGGGGAUGUUUGUCGUGGGUGACGCUCUCCCGUUUCUGGGUUGGAUGGAUAUCGGCGGCCAUCAGAAGGAGAUGAAAAGGGCUUUCCGAGAAUUGGACGGGUACCUUCAGGAAUGGCUGAUUGAACACAAGAAAAACAGAGCAGAAAAAACAGAGCAUGAUUUCAUGGACGUUCUGCUCUCCGUUCUCGACGGUGAAUCUCUCCAUGGAUACGAUUCUGAUACGAUCAUCAAAGCCACGUCACUGAGCAUGAUUGCAGGGGGAACGGAUACGAGCACCGUCACGGUGACGUGGGCGAUCGCUCUUCUACUAAACAACCGGCACGUACUCCGCAAGGCUCAGGAGGAAAUCGACGGCGGCGUCUCGAAGGAAAGAGCGGUGACAGAAGGGGACAUCGGGAAGUUAGUUUACCUGCAAUCAAUCGUCAAAGAGACGAUGAGGAUGUACCCGCCGGCACCUCUGUUGGCGGUGCGGGAGUUC